CAAAGAAAGGCGGGCUCCACUUGCUCCUAUGAAGUGGGGUCACACUAGCAAGAGCCCAGCUGGGUUUUCCCUUCUCUCUUUUUUAUUCACACGAUCACCACUUCAGCUUCUUAUACAGGCUUCCUUCAAGUUCUUUCUCCUGAGAUCUGCUGUGUUUUUCAGAGGUUAACUGAAUUGAGGAAUGAUAAGGAAAUGGGGAGGAAAGGAAAGUGGUUUUCAAAUGUGAAGAAGGCUUUGAGUCCAGAUUCGAAGGAGAGGAAAGAGAAGAAAUCAAAGAAGAAAUGGUUUGGAAAGGAGCAAGAUUUCGUUUCGGAGUCUGUUCCUUUAGAGACCGUGAAGGCACCUCUUCCUCCGCCUCCUCCUGCUCUCCAGCCGGAAGAGGUAGAGGAUGAACAGAGAAACUAUGCAGCCACUGUGGUUGUUGCUGCUACGGUGUCAGAGGAGGCGGUCGUUGUUGCUGAUGCUGUUCCGGAGGUUGUUCGAUUUAUAAGAAAUACUCGGUUUGAUGGCAAAUCUGAGGAAGAGGCGGCGGCAAUCAGGAUUCAGACUGCAUUUCGUGGUUACUUGGCAAGAAGGGCAUUGAGGGCUUUAAGAGGUCUUGUCAGGCUAAAAUUACUUAUAGAAGGUCCUGUGGUGAAACGGCAAGCCACAAAUACCCUUCGAUGCAUGCAGACUCUCUCACGUGUGCAGUCUCAGAUUCUUUCAAGGAGGAUCAGAAUGUCAGAGGAGAAUCAGGCUCUCCAAAAACAACUCCUACAAAAGCAUGCCAAAGAGAUUGCAACACAGAUGGGGGAUGAUUGGGAUGACAGCCUACAGUCUAAGGAGAAAAUUGAAGCAAGCCUGCUAAGCAAGUUUGAAGCAGCCAUGAGAAGAGAAAGGGCAAUGGCUUACUCGUUCUCUCAUCAGAAAACCUGGAAGAAUUCAUCAAAAUCUGUAAAUCCAAUGUUCAUGGAUCCAAGGAAUCCCACCUGGGGUUGGAGCUGGUUGGAACGAUGGAUGGCAGGGCAGCCAUGGGAAAGCCAUGGCAUGACUGAGAAAGAAAUCAGCAAUGACAGCUCAUCUGUAAAGAGUGCAAGCCGCAAUAUAGUUGGAGAAAUCAGCAGAUCUUAUGCUCGCCACCAACUCAAUUCUGACAAGCAAUCCCCAACAACCAAUCAAAAAGUAACCAAAACUCCAAGCCGUCAAUCCCCAUCAACUUCUACAAAGCCACCUUCUUCAACAGGUGCAACUCCUACCAAGCCACCUUCUUCAACAAGUGCAACUCCUAUCAAGCCACCUUCAUCAGGUGCAAGGAAAUUGAAGCCAAUGAUCCCAAGGGCCAGUGUUUCAGGUCAAGAUGAUGACACUAGAAGCAUGGUCAGUGUGCAGUCAAAUCGAAGGCAUACUAUCGGAGGCUCAAGUGUGCAAGAUGACGAGAGUCAACCUGGCUCUCCGGCAGCUCCACGUUACAUGGUACCCACUGAAUCUGCAAGAGCAAAAUCCAGGUUGCAGAGCCCAUUGGGGGCUGACAAAGGUGGAACUCCUGAAGAGGUAUCUUCAGCCUCUGCAAAGAAACGGCUCUCUUAUCCACCAUCACCAGCCAAGCCAAGGCGGCUAUCUGCUCCACCAAAAUUGGACAGCAGCAUUAACACAGAAAUUAGUGUGAGCAAUGGAGCAGGCAAUUAAGGAGAAAGGACAUAAAAAACAAGCACAAUUUGAUUAAAGAAUCCUCAGCUGCUGUUAAAAUUUGUUGUAUUGAUUGCACUCUCAAGUGUUGGUUUGGGGUGAAAUCUGAUUUCAUUCUACUGAAUUAUUGUUAUUUAUCUGUUGAUUUUUUAUAGUUACUCUCAUUUGUUGAGUCGUUGACAUUCAUAGUUGUGAUAACAACUAUGUAUGUUUACAUUCUGAAUAAUUCAUAAAAGUGCAGUUGUCAUGUCGUUGAACUUCUUCACGAAUAUAUUAAUUUCUAAUUUCUUGUUUAUAAA